AUGAUAUAAAGUGAGAACUGAAAUCUCCAAACAGAAGAGGAAAGAGGAAACCAUGAAAUAGAAAAGGUCAUGAGAAGAGAAAAGGAAGAGAAAAUGAUACAGUAUGAGAGAAGUCAAGAGGUUCACAAAGCAAUCACCUCUCUCUCUGGAACUUCCCACCCUGUAGCUAUUAACAGGAGUGUCAUACUGAUGUGUGACCCAACAGAGGCCCUUGUGGAGAAAAGAAUUGCAGGAGAAAAGGUCUUUUCUCCUUUGCUGCAGGAGAAGAUGAGAAAGAAUCCUUCCUGAGGAGUUUCAGCUCCUUGUUUCUGCUGACCCCAAUUUCCUGUGCUCAGAGAUAAACUUGCUAUUGCCCUUGUGCCAGAAGCAAUGUCAAAGAUGGAAAGACGUCUGGUCUCUGCAGUCCUCCCUCUCUUACUGCUGGACUUGAUGGAUUGUGAUCUCAAGAGCCAGGCAUGGACUGUCCCUGACUGUACCAUAGCAGAUAGCUCCCUAUUGUCAAAUCUCUCCUUCUACAUCCCAUUUUGUCCCUUGGCCCCAGGGCUGCAUACUUUUGCAUCAUGCUCCAAUGUUACAGACCUGACACAGACCCUGAGAGCAGUGCCCCAGGAUAUACAGGCACUUUGCCUCCAGGGCAUGGUUCCUGUCCUGCCAGCUAAUGCAUUUGGUCACUUCUCCUUCCUACAGCUUUUGAGGCUACAGCUGGGCACCCUCAAGAUUACAUCUGAGGCCUUUCAAGGAUUGAAUCGGCUGCAGUACCUUUCCUUUGAGCAUCAUGCUCCCUGUUGCUUGAGUCUAUUUCUCCCUCCAGAUGCCCUGGUGCCUCUCACAUUCCUCAGUAGUCUUUCCUUUCAAGGCUACUGCCUGAAUUAUAGCCAGAACAUCCAGUUGCCAAUCAGCCUUAGGCAUCUAACCCUGGGGCACAGCUGUUUGAUGGAGCUGCAGGAGCUACAAGUGCUCUUCUCAAACCUUGUGCUUAGUUUUUCUCCUACAGCCAGCCCCAGAUCAUGGUCUUCCUUCCUAGAGGUGUUGGAUUUGUCUUACAACCUGAAGCUGAACCAGGCAGGUGUCAGAGCCUUGAAUGGCCUCCAGCUCCAUUCCCUGAGAUUGGAUGGCACCCCAUUAAAUGCAUUAGGUCUUUUAGGCUCAGGACUGCUCCAUCUGGACUUUCUGUCCCUUGUGGGUACAGGUAUGGAAAAACUGCCUGGGAAUGUGUCAGGCUAUUUUGAGCUUCGAGCACUUGACCUUGGGAGAAAUCGAAUCCAAAACAUAGAGGAUGGAGAUCUCUCAAGCUGCCGUUCCUUAGAACAUCUCAGCCUUUACAGCAAUGGCCUGAAAUUGCUUCCCAUAAAGUUUCUAAAUGCCCUGCCCCAGCUUCAAAGUCUCAACCUAUCCAUGAAGAAGCUGGGUCCAACCUUGGUGCUCCCAGAUGGGCUGGUUAGCACAAACUUGAGAGUGCUAGAUCUGUCCAACAAUGAGUUAUGUGUUCUGCCCUAUGGAGCCUUCUCCUUUAUUCCUCAACUCGAGGAGCUGUGGCUGAGUGGCAACAACAUCUCCAACUUAUCCAGUGAGAGCCUGGAGGGACUAAAGCAGCUGAAGACACUAGACCUGAGCUGGAACAAAAUUAAGGUGCUAAAACCAGGCUGGCUCUCCUUUCUCCCUGCUCUCACCUCACUGAACCUGCUGGGCACCUAUUUAAGUCAUAUCCCAGGCAAGGAGCUCCAGGGUCCCCAGAGGCUGAGCCAUCUGCAGCUGGGUUCACUUCAGAUGCUGGACCUCUAUCCUCCCUGGCCUCCAGCUCUGCUCAGCUUAGAGAUAUGGGCAGAAACAGGUAUCUGGUUUAAUAACUUCAAUGAAGAGCCCUUCUUGUUCCUGGAGAAGCUGAUCUUACAAACUUCCAACGUGGUACUGUCUCCAUACAACACCUCAGUUCAUUUUCCUUCCCUGCGUCAUCUCACUCUUCGAGGCGUAAGUUUCUUUGGUUUCUCAGGUCAACGGUCUCAGAGAUCCUUCCCUCAGUUUCCUGUCCUGGAGCACCUGCACUUCUGGUCUGAUUAUGGGAGUACAGAAAACCUGGAACUAUCUGGGAUGCCCAAGCUUCGAGUGCUCGAGCUCGGAGAUCUGAAUUUCCACUAUGAGUCAAGGUCAACGAAGCUGGAGCUGGUACUGCAGGAAGUGACUCAGUUACAGGUGCUGGCAUUGAGCCACCUGAAUCUUGGGAACCUCUCCAUGUCUAGUUUCAAGGACUUGGACCACCUGCAGCUACUGCUGUUCAACUCUGAAUGGAUGCUGGGGUUAGACAGCAGCCUUCAGGAGUUAAUCCCCCAGAUGCCUCAAUAUGUUUAUUUCUCAGAUGUCACCUUCACCUGCCAGUGUGAAAGCUCCUGGGUGGGGCCUUGGGCAACACAGGCCCCCAACACCUUUGUGUAUGGGCUGGAGAAAUCCAUCUGCAUGGCCAAUGCUUCUGACUACUCCAAGACUCCACUGCUCUCCUUCCUUUCUCAUCAGUGUGCACAUGAUCUUGAGUUUCAGGGCUUUCUUGCCAGCUUGACUAUGGUGCUUCUGUUCACUAUCCUUGUACUCCUUGGCUGCCCCAAAUGGUCCUGGCUUCACCACCUCCGGACUCUUUUUCAUGUGUGGUGGUGGAAACUAUGUGGGCGUGGCCCCAGAAGCCAAUUCCACUAUGAUGUCUUUAUAUCCUACUGUGAGCAGGACCAAGACUGGGUGCUGGAAGAACUGGUUCCUACACUGGAGAAGUCUCCUCCAGCAGGUGAGGGCUUGAGGCUGUGCCUGCCAGAGAGGGACUUUGGGGUUGGGCAGGACAGGAUGGAUGCCCUGGUUGCCAGCAUGGAGAACUGCAGGGCCAUCCUCUGUGUACUCAGCAACAAAGCCCUGGGGAGUCCCCGGUGCCAUCUGGAGUUAAGGCUUGCCACCUAUCACUUGGUGGCCAGACCUGGAACAGCUUGCCUCCUGCUGCUGUUUCUGGAGCCUAUUGAUCCGCGGAAGCUCUGCGGCUAUCACCGACUCACCAGGUGGCUUCAAAAAGAGGACUAUUUUGAUUUGCCUCAAGGGAGAGUGGAGUGGGAUGUUUUCUGUGAGCAACUUCGGAAAAGGCUAAGGAAAGCUGGACAAGAAAGAGAUGAUUAAGGGUUUGAGAGAUCUAACCAUACAGGAAUAUCUUAGCAGUGACCUGGAUGCCAUCAUGUGGUCUGAGGGCAGGCUUGACCAGGGGGUCUGAGGUGAUACUUACUUCAAAUCUAUUAAAAUGAUACAAAUGAAGAUAGCAAUUUCUAGUGAGAAAACAUUUUAAAGUACUAGAAAUAAGAUAUUCAUUCAUAGGACAGUUAUGAUACCGGCUAGGCCUUUCACAGCACAAAAUAUCCCUCAAAAAGCAAAUACACAAAAAAUUGAUUUUAGAAUCUCAUGUGUGUUUUUCAAAAUAAAUUCAUUCUGCCUCUGUUAAAAGCAAGAUGUUCACUCAUUUGUUAAAAAGCUAUACUAUUCCAGAGGAAUGGGACAAGAAUCUAUGGGUAUCUGUCAGUGUUCUGAAGCUAAAUUGAAAUCAUGCAUGUGACUUACCAAAGGUCCAACAAAUUCAGUUCUCCUAAUUCCUGAGGUUCUCCCAAUGACAGGAUUUUAUGAAUGAUGGUUUUUACCCCAUAGUACACAUGAGGAAUCUAAAUAAAUGAAGUUAAGUGGCUUUCUGUUCUAUUACAGUUCCUGUAUCAAAAAGUUUGGAUCUAGUGUUGCUCUAAGUCACAAUCCAGUACUCUGCUCUCCACUAUUUCCACUUACUUCUAACCAAUGACAUCUGACCUUGCCACCAAGUUAAAAUAGGCAAAAAUGGGGUAAACCUGGUCAAAAUAACACACAUAUCUAUUUAUAUGAAUUUUUUCUCAUAUUCUCAGAAACUGCAUAAAAUAAGUGCCCUGAAACAGAAGGAUAAAGUACAAUGAUGAAAGAUGGAAUAUCCUGCAUUCAUUAAGAAUCAUGCUCCAAGGAUAUUUAGUGCUAUGGGAAGAGAACCAAAAUAUAAUAUCAAAUAAAAAACAUUGGCAAAUCGUGUGUGCUAUAAUUCCAAAUAUGAAAAUAAUUGCUUCUGUAUUUAAUGUAUGAAAUAUGAAGACAGAAAGAGACUAGAAAUGUAAAAUUUUAAAAAUGGCCCUGGUAAAAGCCCUAUGAAUAAUUUAAACUUCUAAUCCUUUUCUGCUCUCCAUUUUUUUUUCUGAA